AUGGAGAGCAUAGGGUUGCCCAACGGAUCGUCAAGCCCCAGCCAGCAACAGCAAGCAUCGCUCCUACCCCGUAAGAGAGGCCUUCCAUCGCGUUUAGAUAAGGCCUUCCAGCUUCGGCCCUUGCUGCCACAACACCUGACUCCCCUCGCACCGGCACCAGCACUACGGGCUCUGGCGAAGACAGAGCAGCUUAUGCAGGGCUAUUCUAGAGCCCUCGAUAGUCGGCGGGAGGGGCAUCUCUCGAACCCCGAGCAUGGCAUCGGGGGUCGAAUGAAUAACUCCAGCGUAAGGCUCAGUCAACAUCCAGACCAAGAACCCCUUCGAAAAUUCUUCUCAUCAGCAAUCAGUCGGACCAUUUCGAGAGACGAUACAGCUUGCGAGGGCGUACGCCAGCAAAAAUUACUGGCAGACUGGGGCCGGCAGAACCAGCGUCGACAUGCAGAGCCUCAGGCUUUCGUGCUUCCUGGCUCUGCUCUGACGCGCUCUGAGGCACAUAACGAGACUGCAAUCUCCGGCAGAGCUCACAAUCCGACAGUCGUUCAAGAGAACAGCGACGAUGGAAACCGUUUCCUUUUCAGCGACACUACGACGGUCUUCCGAGAGAAGGGCGGCGCUGAAAGAGAAUACCGUUUGAGCGUCCCGGAUGACGAGGCGUCCAUGUCACGGUCGCGAGUGCCCAGGGGCCGCUCCAGGCCUAUCUACUUCGACCAAGGUUACGACCGUCCACCCCCGGGUCUUACCAGGGCACAAACUUUCUCUCCUCAUGUGCCUACUGAUGUCGAUCUGCGGAGUCGCAGUCGUGAACGACUGCAGCCGCGUAUUGAGAUCACCGGAGACUCGGAAUCCGAGGACGAACGCCGCCACCACAGAAGUAGCCGACACAAGACUGACUCUCCGGAGCCGAUAGCAACUGAAUACCGGUCAACUCGAUACAAAGUCAUUGACGGCCGUACAUAUCACAUUCCGCCCGAAGCUGCGCACGCAUCGGCGUACCGCGAUGAGUCUCCCCCUUCCUCAAGGGCAGAUAGCAAGACUGCUGCCUACUACGAGCGCCCUCCCAUGUCAUCUAAGGAAGCGAGCUACUCGAGUUCCACGUACUUUCCCAAGGUCAAGACAGCGAGAUACAACGAUGUGCAGUACAGCGACAUCCCGCACCGAUACCGUGAGGAGUAUGCUGGUUAUGCUUAG